CUGAAAUUAAAAGAAAUGACUUGAUACGUAAUUUGGACGGCAAGGUCAGGAGCAGAGGUCAUGAAUUUGCUCUUGUGUUUUUAAACAGGAAGGUGGUGACGAUGGCUAGAAAGGUAUCUGGACAUGACGCACAAAAGCUUGUGGAGCAAUACCGCUCGGAACGAGACGAGGCCCUUCAGCGCGAGAAUGCCCUGAAGGAGAAACUGAGACAAUACGAAUUGAGGACGAAGUCGACCGAGACUGUCAAACAGAAACUCAAAACCCUGAUGUCAGAGAACAAAGAGCUGAAGAGGCACCUAAAAACGCUGAGGACCGAGCUCGGCCUGGAGUCAAGCCCAAACUUUCAAGGCAAAACCACUAAGGAUAUCAUCAACGACCUGCAGGAGAAGGAGCGAGAGUGCAACGCGCUGGUGGAAAAGGCUGGAAAGUUGAACCUGACCAUUGAUGAACUGUCAUCCGAGCUGGCCAACGCCGUCACCUCUAAAACUCUGCUGGAGGAAAAAGUUCAGUCGCUUCAGCUCAACCUCAAGGACAUGACCAACAACCAGCGACGCCUGCUGAAGCUCUGGGAGGAUAAAAAAGCUCAGCGCGAGCCCUUCGUGUUGCCCGCCAUCAAUCAGAGAACCGCGCAGAAACCGCGGGAUCAUAAAGUUGUCCAGACAGACAUGUCCAUCAGCUCCACGCAGAUCCUCCCCGCAAACGCCUUUGAAACCAGACAGAGAUGGGAACCUGAGAAAAACAGGAACUUAGACAGAAGAAACAUCACACUACCCACCGGCGGCGGCUAUUUGAAAUAAGACCGCAAUAAAGAGACACAUUUUACUUCCAAAUACUUUGACUUGUCCCAAAUGCAAAGGAAAUAUACCUCCACUUACUGUCUCUGACCUUCUAUAUAUGUGGAUAUGUCUACAUUUAUUUUACUUGAAUAUGGAAGUGGAAGUUUACCGUCAUUUAUUAACAUUAGCAACAUUUU